AUGCCCGCCAAACGCCACGCGGCCUCAUCUACCGCCGCACCAGCACCCUCAACAACUGCAUCUCUCUCCUCUGGCCCUGCAACCCUCAAAUCCAAUUCCUCCGUCUUCGACAUCGCCGGCCAUGUCUGGCAACAGUACACCGCCAACACUUCCCAGCGUACAUUGCUUCUGGAUGCUUUCAUGGCCUUCCUAGUCCUUGUCGGCGGUAUUCAGUUCGUAUACUGUGUUCUGGCUGGAAAUUACCCCUUCAACGCCUUCCUGAGUGGCUUCAGCGCUGCAGUCGGCCAAUUCGUCCUCACAGCUUCGCUCCGUAUGCAGACUAGUGAUUCGGGCGCUACCUCUUCGUCAAAGCCUAGUUCGAAGGGGAAGAAUGCCCGUUUCGCAGAUGAGGAAGAGCAGGAGGAGGGCAUUUCGCAUGAGCGUGCAUUUGCGGAUUAUAUCUUUGGUUCUCUGAUUCUACACUUCUUCUGCAUUAACUUCAUUAACUAG